UCAAACGAUGACGUGCAACCGCGCUGAGUCCAUGAGUCAGGCGCGCGCUUAAUGUGUAGCGCGCUUAUUCGCGCUCCGCUUUCACUGCAAGACACCGUCUCGUUUCGUAUCUGGGUCUCAAAUCUUGUACCCACAUAGUGCACGUAGGCGUUUUGUUGUAACUGGCGUUCGUUGCGACAGACGCAUCGAUCUGGGGCUGACACGCGUUUUCGACCAAGGCUGGAAUCAUGCACCUCACCCUCCAGUCCUACCAUCCAAGAGAGUCCAGAAGCUGAACAAAAAGACGCGAUCUGGACUUAGAAUUCAACAAUAUGGAGUCCGCCAAAGCAACUCUUGACACACUCCCCGAGGAGCUCCUCGUCGCUAUCCUGGAGCACAUUACCACCCUCCCCGCCCUGCUCGCCCUCUCCAAAACCUCUCGACGCCUGCACCGCCUCUCCCUCCCCCAGCUCUACCACACCUUCCCCGGCCGAAACUCCGAGCUCUUCCUACGCACAAUCUCGCACUCCCCUGACCUCGCUGUCCACACCAAAACAGCAAUAUGGCACCAAGAACGCCGCACCGUCCCGUCCAUCGACAUGCUCGAAAAACAGCACAUCGUCAUGCGCCUCGCCCAACUAUGCGUCCCGCACGGCACUGAUCUCGCGCAGCACUUCUCUAACUUCGGGAAGCAUGAGGACUACUGGUACUUCGAGGUGCUGGUGCUGUUCAUGCCGAGCCUGGAGGAGGUGCAGGUGCGCGAGAGCUGGCUGUGGGACGACCACCAGUACUGGUUCAAGAGCCUGAGUCCGUUUUUCAAUCCGCUGUGUGAGAGUCGCUUGAGGACGGCGAGACUGGAUGGGCCGAUGAGGCUUGAGAAUCUGGUGCCGCUGCUGACGAUCCCGACGCUGAGGACGCUGGAGGUCACGCAGGUGACGGUGAUGCGGCGGGAGGGGUUUCGUGUCUUUCAGUGGAGCGUGUGGCCGGUUGAGAAGUUGCUUGCUGAGCGCAGUUCCGGGCUUGAGACACUGAGUUUGAGGGAGAGCUACAUUGAUUUGGAGUUGCUGCUGCCGUUGCUGCGUGGAGUCAAGGCGCUGAAGUCGUUCACGUACGAGCACUUGCCCAAUGAUCUCGUAGAUGAGUUUGUGCUCGAGCAGCGUGUGGAGGAUGGAGCGCUUGCCGCGUGUCUUGCGGUUCAGCGAGAGUCGCUUGAGUAUAUCCGCGUAAGGGAUACGGAAGAGCGCGAUUUGAUCGGUAUGCCACAGCUACUGUUCGACCCAGAGUUGGACUACGAUGCAGCACAUGACGUAGGAAAAGCCUUUCCAAACCUGCACACUCUGGACAUUGGUCCGCUUAAGUGCAUCUGGCAUCAGAUCAAUCAUGGGCACGAGACAUCUGUGCUGAAGUUGCUGAUGGCCAAUCUACCGCCGUCCAUCAAGAUCCUGAGGUUUGUGGCUAGUCCAACUCAUCAUCAAGAUCUUGAAAGGCUCCUAGAUAUUCUCGCCUAUGCUUUCGCAGCCGAACAACGCCCUUUGGAGGCCAUUGAAAUCACGGACUGGGAUCCAACACUUGGCUGGUUUCCUGAAAACUUACCAGUUCUGCAGAAGACGUAUAGUGUCCUCGGUCUGCGGCUUAUAUCGGUGGCUCGUGAUGCGACUGACGUUUAUGGGGCAGAGCCGUUGCUUAUCGACGAAGAUACGGAACCAGAUUGGAUUUUCGUCACGGAUUUGAGAUUGGCAAGUCAGGUGUAGGUUGCCGAAUCCUUCUAUUGA